AUGGCUCUGGAGUUGGAUCACCUGCUGCGAGAGUGUUCGGAUCUGUCAGAGGAGCAUUCACAACUGCACGAGCUACUGCAACAGAUGUUCAAAACAACCCUUCUGUUGGGCACUCGACUCAGCCAACUUGUAAAGUCUGCUCGUACUCUUCUGGUUCGUCAUUUAAAGUCUCCAGACGCACAGUGUUCGGACGCCUCUGCCAGGAACUCUCCGCUUUUCAAGCUCUCUCACUUGGGUCGUUACCUCAUCUCAAGUCCUGCGGAUAGAGAUUGCCAAACCGUACCCAUGGACUGCGAGUAA